UAAAAAAAAAAAAAAAAAAAAAAAAAAGAGUGGCAACGAAACGGAGAGAGGGAAUUAGGCAAAUUAGAAGAGAGAAGUCGUAGACCAUACAAUUUGCACACAAACUAUAUCUCUCCACUGACUCCAAUCAUCUCCUUCCUCCGCUCCCAUCUGCGUCUCAAUGGCUUCCUUCAAUUCGUUCCCCAUUCCCAAACAGAUUGUUGGUUCUUCUUCUUCGUCGUCCUCCUCUACUUCUCGGCCACGUAUUUUAGUGCGAUCGAGUUUAACAUCGUCUAUGACCUCUACCAAUAGUAUGCUGGUCUUUGUACAUCCUCAUCCUUUGAUUAAACAUUGGCUCUCGUUAUUGAGAUCUGACCAAACUUCUUUCCCCAUUUUCGUUAGAAUUCCAAUGACUUCUGUGGUUGCAACGAGGUGGUCGUUUCUAUCCUCAGUCAAAGAGGAAAGCAGAAUUUAUCAGAACGAUUCUCUAAAAGCAUGUGGCUGCGCAUCUGUAUCUCCUUACACUGCACAAAAUAAUGUUUAUGUUGAGCUCAAAGACCCAAAGGAAAAUAUUGGCGUGGGUUCUGCAGAAAGAUCAUAUUCAUCUCGUAGCAUGUUGCAAUACAAUUUACUGGCAAAGAACCUUUUGGCACUAGAGGAAACGUUUGUUGCCUUGGAUUCUGUAAGAAUGGAAAGAGAUAUUAUGUUGCAAAUGGGGAAGUUGGGGGCUGCUGAGUUAUUUAAAACCUGUCUAUCUAGGUAUCGUGGUUCCUCAAUCACGUCGUGCUUAUCUGACACAACUGAGUUGGUGGAUACUACGCCGAAUCAACAAGUCUUUGUAUCCUCGAGGAGAAAAGUAAAAAAGAAAGCAAGGAGGUCGAGUGUGACAGCUGAGAAUGGUGAUCAGAGUUCUCUGCCAAUCGGUUUAAGAACUACAUGGAACAAUAUUGAUGUCCCUAGAGUGAGAAGACCACCAAAAUAUAGAAAGAAAAGAGAGAGGAUCUCUAGAAACGAGACUGAGAUGUCAACAGGAGUCAAGAUAGUGGCGGACAUGGAGAGAAUCAGAACACAACUGGAGGAAGAAAGUGGUAAGGUAGCGAGUUUGAGUUGUUGGGCUGCAGCAGCUGGGAUGAACGAGAAACUCCUGAUGCGCAAUCUACAUUACGGUUGGUACUGUAGAGAUGAACUGGUGAAAAGCACCCGGUCUUUGGUUCUCUUCCUCGCAAGAAAUUACCGUGGACUGGGAAUCGCCCACGAAGAUUUAAUUCAGGCAGGGUAUGUGGGGGUGUUACAAGGAGCAGAGAGGUUUGAUCACACAAGGGGUUACAAGUUUUCAACAUAUGUGCAGUAUUGGAUAAGAAAAUCAAUGUCUACGAUGGUGUCACGGCAUGCAAGAGGCGUCCAUAUUCCUGUUUGUGCAUUUUGAUUUUUGGCCCUUUUUGUCUCAUUUUCAACAAAGCUAGAACCUCACUUGUUUUCCUUUAUUGUUUCUGUUUUUUUGGCAGUCAUCAAUAAUCCGAACUAUCAAUCAUAUACAAAAGGCUCGUAAGACCCUGAAAACGAGCCAUGGUAUAAAAUAUGCGGCUGAUGAGGAGAUUGCAAAACUAACAGGCCACUCGGUGAAGAAGAUUCGAGCAGCUAACCAAUGCCUAAAAGUGGUCGGUUCAAUUGACAAGAAAGUUGGGGAUUGCUUUACUACAAAAUUCCUGGAAUUUACACCAGACACAACGAUGGAGAGUCCUGAGGAGGCCGUGAUGAGGCAGAGCGCGAGGAGAGACAUACAUGAUCUUCUAGAAGGGUUAGAGCCAAGAGAGAAGCAAGUGAUGGUCCUACGUUAUGGUCUUCAAGACUACAGGCCCAAGUCCCUGGAAGAGAUUGGGAAGCUUCUUAAAGUUAGCAAAGAAUGGAUUCGGAAGAUCGAACGGAGAGCAAUGGCUAAACUCAGAGACCAACCCAACGCCGAAGACCUCAGAUAUUAUUUGAAUCAGUAAAAAAUAGAGAUUUUUGGCUCCAAUGACUCUUAUGUCUUCUGUCACAGUGUGAUUGUGUAAUCUUGUGUGUUUAUAAUAGUAACAUUGGAGAUCCUCGAGUGUAAAAUGUCUUGUACGGGGUUGUAAACUUAUAUAGUUAUAUUACAGUGAAAAUAGAUAUUGUACAAGUUAUAAAAUCCUAACCACUUGGAUAAUCUACACAUCCUUCGAUUACUUUUACAAUAUAGCUGUAUCAAUUAUCUUGCAUUUGUG